CCCCUGCAUUCUUCAGUUAGGGCCAGCGAACCAGACCAAGGGAUCGGAGGACAGGGGACGGUACCGGCGCGAGUCACAACAGCGACGCGGGCGCAUCACGGCAGCGGCGUCCUCCCCAACGCCGCUUCCACCGCUGUCGUCGCUUCCCGCCGCCGGCCCAACCCACUCGCCCCCCCCCCCCCCCCCCGCUGCCACGACGUCAUCCUCGUCGCCGCCGCGCCGCCCUCCCGCCGACACGACGCUAUCGAGCACCCGUCCUGCCUCCGUGCGCCAACUGUCUCAAAGAUCCGAGGAAAACACCACAUUUCCCAAAUGAAGCACAUAUUCAAGAUUGUUGCAAUGCUGGUAGCAAUCUCAGCCAUCUGGAUUUCUCUCCUUGAAACGUCAACUGUUCCUCGAAGUUAUACUUGGUUGCUUCCCAUCUACCUGGUAGUGGCUCUUGGAUGCUAUGGCCUUUUUAUGGUUGGAUUUGGACUUAUGUUCUUCCCAACUUGUCCUCAAGAAGCUAUACUACUACAACAGGAUAUUGUGGAGGCAAAGGAAUUCUUAGGAAAGAAGGGUGUUGAUGUAGGCUCUAAGUGAGGUCAAUUCAGUGAUUAAUAUUCAUGACCCUUUGAAGGAUCACCUUUCUGUUCCUUAGAAAAUAGGUUAUUUUUUGGAUACUGUAGCUAGGCAAUAUAGCAUUUCACUAUGUUGAGAACUAUUACUGACACAGUUUUGGUGAGUUGACAUGAUACAAUUAUGCUUUUGUCAAAGAUUGGAGAUAAGUUGACAUGCCAGUAUCAUAACAAGUGCAUUGCUGUUCUGGGU